AUGGAAGCAUUUCAACAAUUUCUUCAAUCACGAGGGAUUCAACGGAUCAGGAAACAACAUCGUCGUCUGACAGAUACAAUCCGUAGCAGAGCUACAAGUGAUGGAAAUGUCCGUAUUAGUACUAUAAUGAGUAAUAUUCGAAAUGAAAACGAAGUACAUUUUUCUGAUUCUGAUGAUGAAGUGAUAAUUGAAGAUGAACCAUUAGGGAUAAUUCAAAUAAAUAAUGAGAUUGAUGAUGAUUUUGAUAGUUUUUAUAAUACCAGGAGUGAAAGUUUUGGUGGUGGAAGGAAUCAUAACUUUAUCAUUUCAGAUCGAUGUAAUAAUGAAAUUGAUAAAUCAUAUGAAUAUGUGGCAGCACAAUCUACCACUACACUGAUUGAAAGUGUGAUACCCGAGGAACUGUAUAAAGAUAGAUUUGAAUUCAAAAUUCCAAGUCAAGAUUUCAAACAUGUCAACUAUACGGCUAUGGAUACUUCUGAUUAUUCCAAGAUUUUGCAUAAAUCACCUUCUGAUAAAUUUGUUAAUUCUUUGAAGCUAAAACAUUUUGGUAUCAAAAAAUUAUUUGCUGAAGAUUUCCGGAAAUUUAAAAAUAACCUAUCAACAAUUAUUUCUGAUGGUAUGGUUGAGUAUCUAGUGUUAGGAUUGAAUUCUGAACUAAUAGUUUUUGGUUUUGAUGGACUAACCAACUUACCAUCCAAACAAUUGCUUCGAAUAGACACACGUCCAAUGUACACCUCAAGCACUGAUAGACUAAUAUCUACAUGGCCAUAUUUUCCCCAUACUAUCAAUUAUUUGAAGACUGGUAAUUUCAAUAACAAGCAAGUUUUGGGGGUAUGUUCUGAUGAUGGUACCUUGUUUAUAUGGUACACUGAAACAAUAAUCAACUUAGUGAAAAAAUUUGGAAACUCAAAGAAACCGCAGAGUAAUGACAAUGAUCAAGAGACUGAAAAUCCAGUGGCAACAGUCACGUUAUCUUCUACAGCGUCAUCAUCAGUGGCAACACCUACCAUUGUUAAACCGGAUUUUAGAAUCAAAACAGAGGCUUCAUUAUGGGGUCUAGAUUUCAAAACUUAUAAUGGACACAAUAUUCUAGUAGCUUCUGAUAACUCACAGAGUGUUGUUCUAUUGUAUUAUCACCCAGUAGAUGAAAGAUUCUAUAAUAUUAAGUCUCAUCAAAUUUUACAUAAUAUUCCAGAUAUCUCCAUUGUGUCAUAUACUCAAAAAGGAGAGCGACAUACAGUACAGGUGUCAUGUGUGUCUAUAUCAGGAGAAAUCAUUGUGUUUGAAUUUAAUUUUGCAAUAGCAUUAGGGCCUUUAAAUAAAGAGGAAUUUGAAUAUUUCAGAAAAGAACCUUAUUAUUAUGUUGAUGCAACAAUGGAACAAUUGGAGAAUCGAAAUGGAAUAGAUUCUCAUGAAUUGGCUCAAUUAAAGCUGAAGAAAUUUAGACGAGUAAAAUUCGCUGAACCAUUAUGUAUUUCAAGAGUUGUAUUGAGUGAGGACUGCUGGACAGUUAAACCCAUGAGCUCUAAAUGGUUUUUGCCAGUUGGGUCACUUAAAGAUGUAUUUGGUGACGAUAGUAUCGACGAGUCACGUGAAUUGAACCGUAUAAGGUAUGAAACACGAUUGCUUAAUGCUCUGAGUGGUAAAUUUCAAUUUUUCCCUAGUAAGACGGUUAAUUUUGAGUCUCGAUUGGAAGAUAAUUGUCACAACAAUACCAGUACUACCACUAAUUGUAAACCAACUACCGUUGAUGAUGAAUACAGAAGAAUACAUAAAGAAUUAGUGAAUGGGUCUAGUGAUGAAUUUUUGCUAGUGUCUACUGCUAAGAAGUUGUCAAUGUUUAGGUUCCCUUCACUUUUCUGUAAUUGUUCAACCCUGAAAAUAUUUGAUUUAGCAAUACCAUUUAAUGAAGAAAGUAAGUUCACCAAUCGAAUAUCCAUUAGCAUGGUUGUACCUGAACUUCUGUGUUUCAUUGCUGCUACCCAACAAGGAUUGAUAACAAUUAUGAGAUUAUGUUCAUAUCAAGGGGUUUAUGGUAUGAGACAAGAACAUAUUUUCCCAAACGCAUUGUCGUUAUCAUUAGGUUAUCAUGGAUAUAGAACUAUUAUUGGAUUAAGUGUAAGAAAAAGAACAUUAGAGAAACCUAUAUAUAAUUUAUAUGUUACAUAUAAUGAUGGGUUGAUUAUUGGUUAUCAAAUUUCAAUAUAA